UAAUCAUUUCAUUCUCUCUUUCCGUAACCGUUUUUCUCAUCUCACAUUGCUUUCUCAAACCCUCUCUCACUCUCGUAUCACACUGUUUUCUCCGGCUUCAAGAUUCUCUCACUCUCAUCUUUUUCUCCAACUGAAUCGUCUCAUAGUCUCCAGGAUUUGGAUUCAAUGGCUUCAUCGAGUGACUCGUGUCUCACAAAUUAUUCCAUUGAGGACAUUCAAAAUCAAUUUAAACUUCUCAAUAAGCAAUUUAAUGAUUUGAUGAUGAGUCCUAAAAGUGACCGGUAUAAAGAUGGUAAGGUGUUAACCAUCUUGAAGGAAAUGUUAAAGAUGAUUCAGGGAGACGAUGAUAUACUUGAUGUGGAAUCCAUCAUCGACACUCCAUUGUUACUCACCAACCUCCACAAAGCAUUCAAUGAUUUGGAACAAUUUCGGGUUAUUUCUCCGUACGAUACCGUGGAUCUUGAGGAUCCUGAAUCUCAUUUCAUGUGCCUCUACAUUAUACCUGCUGAGGGAGAGACAAGUCUCCGAAGAUACACGGAAGAAGGAGAAGGUGACGGUAUUGAUCCUACGCUUACUUUUGGUCAAAUUCAAAAAUUCAUCUGGCCAAAGGUUAAAGCAAGUCAAGAACCAGAUGAAGAUCAAGAUGCUGCACAGAAACUGAUUUUUUACAUUGGAGGAAAGGAGCAGGAUUUUAGGUUUUCAAUUUACCAAGCACUCCUUUGCCAUUACUGGAGAAAUGAUAAUGAUUUUGAUGUCUCCGAAUUGUGGCACUACAGCUCAAAACAUCUAAUAACCUAUAGAAGGUUCACCACAAAUUUAGGUCCAAAAUUUGUUGAAGAUUUUUCAGACCUGGAAAAAGAAGUUCGGAUUAUUCUACAAUUUCUUUGUAGAAUUCAUACUCUUGGUAUAGGAUUCCCUGGGGCCUUCGUUAACAUUUGGUUGGAUAAAAAGUUAAACGAGCAAAUGGAGGAUCAUUUCGGGGGAAGAUCACCUCAGUGUUUGCCUCCCUGGUGGAUUUAUCUGGUAGUUACUUAUCCUUUUUUGUUCAGUUACGAAACAAGGGGCACAUUUUUUCAAUUGGCCGCAUACUUUCAUUCAUAUCCAGCUUACCUUGGAACUAUGGCCGAUAAUGCGUUGGACAAAGUGACGACAGGUAUAGUGUCUCGUAACCUUAUUCUGGAUCAUGCUAAACAAUUGAUGGAUCAACACGCAAGUGAAGAUAUAGAACUUAGAGUGAGAUUUGAGGGUGAAAUUGGCAAUGGUAUUGGACCAACUUCAGAGUUCUAUACCCUAGUUUCGAAAGAAUUUCAAAAGUGUGAUUUAAUGUGGAGAAAGGAUGUAUCUUUUGGACUUUUCCCUUGUCCAAGGUUAGCCUCAUCUAUUGAACAAGUAAAGACUAAGUUUGUUCUUUUAGGGCAAAUUGUCGGCAAAGCAAUUCAAAAUGGCAAGCUAUUGGAUAUCCACUUCUCUAAAGCUUUCUAUAAACUCAUGUUAGGGAAGGAAUUGUCCAUAUAUGAUAUUGAAUCAUUUGAACCCCGUCUUGGCAGAAUAUUACUAGAAUUUAAGGAGUCUGUUGGCCGAAAAAAGCUUACAGAGUCAGAUUUGAGAUAUAAAGAUGGAUCAAUUAAAGACCUUUGUCUUAGUUUUGUUCUUCCUGGAUAUGAGGAAUUCACUUCUGAAUAUAAAGAUGUUACAGUAGACUUGACAAAUUUACAAGACUAUAUUUCAUUUGUGAAAGAUGCAACUGUUGGGUCUGGAAUUAUAGUUCAAAUGGAGGCUUUCAAAGAGGGAUUUAACCAGGUUUUCAAGUUGGGAUCCUAUCCUACUGGCAUUCAAACUUUUUCAAUAUUCACUGUAGAAGAAUUUGAGGCUAUCUUGUGUGGUCAAGGAGAAAAUAGUUGGAACUUAGAGGAGCUUACAGAGCACAUUAAUAUCAGUGAUGGAUACACGGCAGAAAGUGUUCCUAUUGUGAAUUUGCUUGAAAUCCUUCAGGGGUUCAACCGGGAACAACGAAGGGGAUUUCUACAGUUUGUUACUGGUACACCAAGGCUUCCUACUGGAGGAUUAGCAUCCUUAAAUCCCAAAUUAAGAGUUGUAAAGAUUUCACACACAGAGAAAGAGUUGCCUAGCGCGGCUACUUGUAAUAACCAACUUAUGCUACCUCCUUACCUUUCAAAAGACACAAUGAAAGAAAAGCUUUUGUAUGCCAUAACAGAGGGACAAGAAUCUUUCAGCUUUGCAUAAGGAGGGUCUUUGGUUGAUUCUGUGCAAUACGGAAACAUCAUGAGAUGUCUUUUCUUGCCAGUCAAUACCUUGAUUUUUUUAGUGUUAAUACUUGUUUGAUUUUUCAUGCACUGUUUGUUUUGGAUACCUUAGUGACUAAGAUUUUUCAUGAGCUGUUUGCUUGAAUACCUUAGUUUGGGUACCUUUUCUGUUUUUCCAUCGGAGAUUUUUCAUUAGUAUAAUAUUGUUAGAAACUCCUUCACCCUCAGAAAAGAACCACACUGUCACUGAUUGUGGGGGAGUCUUGUGUGCAACAGCUACCACUAGUCUGAGGGUGUGUUUGGAAAAGCAGGGGAAAUAUUGACGCAAUUAACAGUGUUGUUUCUUUCUUAAAUCUAGUUGAAAAACAAAGAGUACAUAAUUGUUGUCUCUAAUCUCUACCAAUUGGAGUCGUCUGUUGAUUUCUCACUUGGAUAUUUCUCUCUUUAAAAAUUCUCUUUGGGGGUAGUGGGGAGAUGAGGAAAAUUCAUUUCUGUUUAAAGGGCUGGUGAUGGGUGGAAAAAGUGUCCGCGAGAAAUUAGGAGUUAUUUGGUUUGCUAUAGUUUCGACGCUCGGAACGCUAUGAUUUUUAAUUGGGAGAGGGUGGUGGAGGAGUGUAAGGUUACCUCAUGGAGAAUUAUUAAAUCAAGAUCCAAGGAGUUGAGCUAUCCUUUAAGCCUUUGGCUAACUAACCCUAUUGCUUGUUUGGGAGUGAAGAAGAUGCUGUAAACUUUGGCCUAGCUGUAAUUGUUGAACUGUUUUUGUAGCUGUUAUGUCUGGUUUUCUGUUUAGCAGAGAAGGUUGUUUCUUAAUCUGGGCUGGCUGUUUUGUAACAGGAACAUUGUCUUACUAAUUUUGUUGAGAAGUUUUGUCGCAUGGACCGAGGUCCUAAGGCGUUCAAACUUUCUCUUCGCCUCUUUGUUCCUGGCUUGCAAUCAUGCUGUGUUUGGUUUUCUAUGUGGUCAUAUGUUAAGUGUAUUGGAAAGUUCACUCUGUUUAAUUCUCAGUUGAUUGGAGAUCAACUUCAAAGGUGUCUUUUAAUUGUUAGGGAUUCAGUGACGCAAGUACCCUUUGGCUUCGUUGCUUUUUACCCUUUGGCUGUUUUGUCUCAGUACCCUUUGGCUUCGUUGCUUUUUACCCUUUGGCUGUUUUUUAGCUUUCGUGUGCUAUUAUUGUUAAUGCUAAAUAACAGGACAGGUUGUUGUUUACUUUAUGUUGUACUCAUCUCUUGGAUGGCACAUCUUGUGCUUCCAAGACUAGUGUGUUUCUUAAUAAAAGUUUUUCUUUGCCUCUUCAAAAAAAAAGGACCUGUUUUGAAAUUUAACUAGCAUUUUUUUUUCUGUUUUGAAUAAAAUCCUACCUACUUACUAGGGAGUAUAUAUAAAUGGGUGUUACAGUUGUUCCUAUUAAGUAGGCUUUGUUCCUAUUUGUGAGUGUUUCAGUCAACCUUCCAUUAAACCUGACUACUUAUAGCAUUUUAUUCUGUUUUGACCAUCAUGCUCCUCUUUAUAUUUCAUUUUUUUCAAACACAUCGACGCACGUUUCUUGGAUACACUACACAAUA